ACAAGGGCCCCCUAGGCCCCAUUUAUAUUCAGCUCACUUGAUUACUAUUCAUUGCUUCUUCCAUCUUGGCCUAUAUAUAUUCCUCACUCUCAGUCUUACCCUCAGAGCUAACAGAUUAACUUUCUUUGCAUGUGAUCAUGGAGGGAUCUCAGUACUUGAUGUGGAUGAAAAGAAAACAAAUCCUGACAUCAUCACCACAACUUCAAGCACCAUCAGUAGUUGGAUCAGGAGGCUGCAACAACAACAGUAGUACUAAUUACUCAAGCUGGGAAGAAAGGGCUUUUGCAGAAGAUGCUGCUAGAGUACUUUGUACUGGGAGCAUGUGGCCUCCAAGGUCUUACUCUUGUACCUUCUGCAAAAGAGAAUUCAGGUCUGCUCAAGCUCUUGGGGGCCACAUGAAUAUUCACAGAAGAGACAGGGCUAGGCUCAAACAAAAUCUUAUCAGCCCUCAUCAUGAAUCCCUUUCCCUUCAUCAUCAUCAUCACAAAAAUAAUGAUUUCAAGUCAUCACUAGUUAAUCAUUUUCCUCCAGAGAUAGAAAAACUUUGUUGUCUCAGUCCUUGUUCUGUUCCUGCAACAACAAUUACAACAUCAGCAAGACUCUCAGUACCUUCUUCAAUUAUCCUGGAACAGAAGAUAGGGUGUCCUACUUCAGAACCAGAAGGGUUGGUCAAUGCAAAAGAAGACAAUUUUAUUCAUGUUGAAACAAAUUUGUCUGUGGGACUCACUUCUACCAUGUUUGGCCAAAAGUCACCAUCUUUUCCAUGUGGAGACAGAGGAAUCAUCAGCUGCAAAAGACUGAAGAGUACUAAUAACAUUUCUUCAUCACUGCCUAUUUUCCUCAAGCCAUGUUCAAAUGAUAGAGGCCUCAUGAUGCAACCUGCAGAAAUUGUGCUUGGACUUAAUCAUCAUGGAAUGGAAGACUUAGAUCUUGAACUGAGGCUAGGGAAGCAACAGAAAGUUAAGCAGUUCAUAGUAUAGACUCAAGUUGUAUUGAUCAUGAAGUUAAUUUCGGUCCCCUUUCCUUUUUUUUCUUCUUUUUAUAUAUUUGAGUUUCAUUUUAGGAUAGAAAAAGACAAGAGUUAACCUUUUAUUUGCCUAUGUAAACCUUUAAAAUGAUAAGGUUUACUUUUCUUCAAAUGUUUGAAUACUAAUUCUAUCUCUAGUUCCA